CUUUUUCUCUCUUUCUUAAUUCUUUUUACUUUCCACCUGUCUUUACUCCCCUUUCCUCCCUGUGUCCUUCCCAGCUUGACAGCAAAUUCAUUCUCUUUGCAUAAUGGCUCUCCCUAACCCUGUCAUGAUUGCUGCCUCAGGCAUCAUUCUCGCUGGUUCAUACCUCAUUGACCCCACAACACUGCCUUUUGUUGCCGCAGGUGUGGCUGUCACUUGGGCAGGAGUUUUCUUCAAGAAACCAGCCGAAAGAACUCCUCCAUUGGACCCAAAGGAAUAUCGCAAGUUCAAGCUAGUUGACAAAGUAAUUUGUAGUCCUAAUACAGCCAUGUACAAAUUCGCUCUCCCCAAUGAGAACGAUAAGCUAAACCUGCCCAUCGGUCAACAUAUCUCAGUUAUGGCCCACAUCAAUGGAAAGGAUAUCUCGCGUAGCUACACACCCACCAGUGGUAGUGAUGAUAUUGGUCACUUUGUUCUUUGCAUCAAGUCCUAUCCUCAGGGCAACGUCUCAAAGAUGUUUAGUGAGCUCGCCAUUGGUGAUACUAUCAAUGUUCGUGGCCCUAAGGGACAGUUUAACUAUACUCCUAAUAUGUGUCGAGCCAUUGGAAUGAUUGCAGGUGGUACAGGUAUAACACCCAUGCUCCAGAUUAUUCGCGCUGUCCUUAAGAAUCCCGCAGACAAGACUCAGCUUAGACUCAUCUUUGCUAAUGUCACUCAUGAGGAUAUUAUUUUGAAAGCUGAGCUCGAUUUGCUGUCAAAGAAACAUCCUCAAUUCAAGGUCUAUUACGUGUUGAAUACACCUCCAGAGGGCUGGACCGGUGGCGUUGGCUUUGUGAAUGCAGAUAUGAUUAAGGAACACAUGCCUGCACCCGCCGCAGACAUCAAGAUCUUGCUUUGUGGUCCCCCUCCAAUGGUUACAGCUAUGUCCAAGAUUACCCAGGACCUCGGAUACGAUAAAGUCAAUGCUGUUUCUAAAUUACCUGAUCAAGUCUUUAAAUUUUAAAAAAGAGGAUAGAUCUGCCAAGUUUUAAUAAAGGAGCAUCGAGCCCAUGUGGCUUGUAUGCAUAGAGUAUUGUGGAGCCUUG